GCAGCGGUCAAGACAAAAUGGCGAAUCUCUGGCGAGUUGCACGAAAGAUUACAAUGCACAAUUCUUUGGCGAUCAGAACUAUUUCGGUGUCGUCUAAAAGACUUGCAUAUAAAUACAUAUCAAAGGAACCACAAGACAUACCAAUGGAUUGGCAUAGUGCCACGGAAAGGAAUGCGCAGUCGCUUUUCAUCACAGAGUUGCUAAGAGGUCUUCAAAUGACAUUGAGCAAGAUGUUCCAGGAGCCAGCAACAAUAAAUUAUCCUUUUGAGAAAGGCCCUUUGAGUCCUCGGUUCAGAGGGGAGCAUGCAUUGAGGAGAUACCCAUCUGGAGAAGAGAGGUGCAUUGCUUGCAAGCUGUGUGAAGCUAUCUGUCCUGCACAGGCAAUCACCAUAGAGGCAGAACCUAGAGCUGAUGGAAGUCGACGAACAACUCGCUAUGAUAUUGACAUGACAAAAUGCAUCUACUGUGGCUUUUGUCAGGAAGCUUGUCCUGUGGAUGCUAUUGUGGAGGGUCCCAACUUUGAAUUUGCUACUGAAACUCAUCAGGAGCUGCUUUACAACAAAGAAAAACUUCUCAAUAAUGGUGACAGAUGGGAGGCUGAAAUAGCUGGGAAUCUUCAGGCAGAUUUUCUUUACAGAUGAAAGAAUUCUGUCAUUUAAACCUUUGAUUUCCAACUUUGUAAAAAGUGAGGUCUGUUCUUUACCUUGUGCUAAACAAGACCUUAACAAAGACAGGAGGUGCAUGUUAAAGAUAGGCCAGUUAAAGGGUGUCUUUUACCUCAACUGCAUUAUCUUCAUCAAGGACUGUUUAACAGGCACAUGUUUAGCAAAGCAAUUAAGUAAUGAUUAUACCCAUGAUUGUGUGAGAUAAAUAAAUAUCUGGGUUCGGUAAUGUGUAUGUU